UCGUGUUUCAGGCCCUACAACCAGGCAGGAGAAGAAAGACGGCUUAUAGCCGAACGUAGAGCCCAUGCACUAGCAGCAGCUAGGGCCACACUAAACGCAGCAGCUAGGGCAGCAGCCAUGACUAGCUCAGCAGCAUCCUCUGCGGCUUUGUCUGUGACAAAUGGGAUUCAGUAGGGAAUGCCAACAAGUUCCACAGGCACUUCCAGUUCAAUGGGUUCUCGAAAGUCUACUAGUCAAAUGGCGAGCUCGCAGUUCAGCCCGUUGACCCCACGUGAGAGGGGGCUCAGAGGGAUCCAACAGGUCGAGAGGCUCCGCCAGAAGUUAGAGGAGGAUCUGAAAAAGGCAACCGAUAGGGAAAGAGAGAUGAAAAAUAGAGCAGCCAGGCUUGACACUUUAGAGGCUGACAAGGCUGAGUUAGAGGGCUUGAACGAGUCAGCAUUGACUGACCAAAUGAAAGUACUGAGGAAGAAUAUGUUGUCGCUGCAUGCGCACGUGGACAGCAGAUUAGACUUCAUGCAGAGCACUCUAGACCAGAUCCUGGAUGUAUUGACAAGGCCAGGAUACAGGCCACCAGCACAAUCGUCGUUGCCAUUAUCGACAAUGUCAUGCCCCUUUCCAGUUCAAGCUGGCACACAACCAAGUGGUACGUCUGCAGCAGUCGCACAGACUGUUGCAUCUUCUUCUACACCACCGCAACAACCUGUUCCUCAACAAGGACAGCAGCAAGGUCAAUGGUACCCCAAGACCCCAAUGAAACCGCCUCUUGGCUUCUCAGGCGAGAGGAAGGACGAAGAACUCAACACAUGGUUGAGGACAGUCCCGGUUUGGGUCAAGGCCAAGAGGACCUUGCUAGAGGACGAAAUGGUAACCGUUGCAUCUUACCUCGAGAGUAAGGCAGCCAAGUGGCUAGAUGGGGUAAUUGUAAAGGCCAGUGACCAGUUCCUGUUAACUACGUUUGUUAGACGCUUACCAGAGAACAUCAGGAACUUACUGGCCAGCGAGACACGCACUGAGUACCAUUCGUUUGAGACAUUGUCUAGGAAAGCCUUAGAUUUGGAGGACACGCUAGGCAAUGCUCAACCAACCUCUCAUAUUAACACGAGGAAGAAGAAGAGUCCUCAGGAGUCGAAGAAGAAAGGGGCUAAGUUGAUGAUGGUUGAGUCCAAUGGGACUCAAACAGAGAUCGACGAGCUCACUGACCUGAUGGACUAUGAGGGUAGCACCCUCGCCGCAGUAGUAAAGACUAAGGCAGGUGGCCGAGUGAAGGGCCAGCCUAGGAGUCAAGGAAAGGCCGCCUCCAAUCAGACCAAGCAGGCUGAAUGGGUGAAGGCAGAUCUUGAUCAGGACGUGUGGCGUGACCGCCGAGUGCGUGGCGCUUGUAUCAAUUGUGGGGAAGACGGACACUCGCAAUACAAGUGCCAGAACGCAAAGGUUACGCAAAAGAUACCUCCAAAGAUGGGGGCAUCUUAUUCCCAGGCUUCAAGCUCAGAAACACAUAAGUUUGUCGUGGUCUACUUAGACGACAUUCUGAUCUUUAUUAAGUCUGCCGAGGAGCCCGCAAAGCACAUUGAGACUGUACUCUCACUCCUGCAACAGCACAAGUAUAAGGUCAACUUAGAGAAGUGUGAGUUUGGCCGCACUAAGAUACUAUACUUGGGUCAUGAAGUAUCCGCGGAGGAGAUAAGGCCGAAAGAUGCCAAGGUGGCUAGUAUUCGAGACCGGCCACGACCUCAGACAGUCACUGAGGUCAGAUCAUUCUUAGGAAUGUGCGGCUACUAUAGAAACUUCAUAAAGAACUAUUCUACAGUCACCUCUCCUUUGACUGAUCUAACUCGACUUGACACACUGUGGGACUGGAGUGAUGAGUGCGAGGGUGCUUUCAAGAGAUUGAAGCAUGCACUCAUGAAUCAUGAGGUCCUCAUGGUUCCCGAUCCUCAGAAUCUAUUCAUAAUGACCACUGAUGCAAGCCAAUACGGCAUUGGUGCAGUGCUGGCUCAGCAAGAUGGGAAAAAGUUGAGACCGAUCGAGUACAUGAGUAAGAAGAUGCCAUCAAAGAAGUUGGCAAAAUCCACCUACGAAAGGGAACUCUAUUCUCUGUACAAAGCACUUGUCCAUUGGAGACACUUCCUAUCGGGAAGGUUCUUCUACUUGAGGACUAAUCAUCAGACCCUCAAAUGGAUCAAGACUCAACCGACUCUUUCUGACGCACUCAAGCAAUGGAUUGAGGUCAUAGACCAAUAUAACUUCAAGCUUGAGUACUUAAAGGGAGAGUACAACAAGGUUGCGGAUGCGCUAUCCCGUAGAGCAGACUACCUAGGUGUGCUUGUUUCUGACUUUGGCCUAUCUGGCGAAGUAACUCAACCAUUGGUAGGAGCCUAUCAGGAAGACCCUGUCACGAUGGACAUCAUGCGCAAACUUCAGGCAAAAGACAGGACGGAAAGUGAGUUUGUGAUCGUGGACGGGUUACUCUAUCUUGAUAAGGCAUGAAUAAAAAGGUUAGUAGUUCCAUCUAGUGAACGUUUGCGUAGUUUAUUUUUAGGCGAAUGUCAUGAUGCAACCGGGCACUUUGGCUACAAGAAGA